AUAUUUUUUAUACAAAUUUUAAUUAUACUUAUAUCUUUAAUUACAGUUAUAUUUAUUACUUUAAUAGAACGAAAAUUUUUAGGAAUUUUAAAUAAUCGAAAAGCUCCUAAUUAUCUAUUAUUUAUAAGAGUACUUCAAUCUUUAAAUGAUUUUUUAAAGUUAAUUACAAAAAAAAUUUUUAAGAUAAAUUUUAUUAUAAAGUUAUACUGAAUAAUAAUAAUUUUUUUUGGAAUAAUAAUAUUUUUAUUAAUUAUAAUAAUUUUUCCUUUAAAUAAUUCAUUAAUAUAUUAUUAUUUAAAUUUUUAUAUAUUUUUUUUAAUUUAUUCUUUAAUAGCUUUUUUUUUUUUAGUUCUUAGCUACUCUUCUAAUAGAAUUUAUUCUAUAAUAGCAAUAACACGUGUAUUAAUUCAAAUUAUUAGAUAUGAAGUAGGAAUAAUUUUUUUAUUUCUUUUACCCUUAUUUUUGUUAAAUGAAUUUAAUUUUUUUAUAUACUAUAUAAGUAAAAAUUUAAUUUUACUUUUUUCAUUAAUAUAUUUAAUAACAUUUAUAAUAAUUGUUCUUAGAGAAAUAAAUCGAACUCCUUUUGAUUUUUUAGAAAGUGAAACAGAAUUAGUUUCAGGAUUUAACGUAGAAUAUUUUUCAUCUUUAUUUAGAUUUAUUUUUUUAGUAGAAUAUGGUUUUUUUUUGUUUAUAAUAAUUUUAAUUACUUUUUUUUUUAAUUUAAAUUUUAUAAUUAUAUUAUCACUAACAAUUAUAUUUAUUUGAACUCGAGCCUUUAUACCUCGUUAUCGAUACGAUAAAAUAUUAAAUUUAUUUUGGAAAGAUUUAGUAAUUAUAGUAAUAAUUUUAUUUUUAU